AUGCUCCAAGCGGCGAGCAUUUGCCGGGCUUGCCUGGCAAAGUUGCGCCAGCCAUACUGCCCACGACCGACUGCGCGACUGAUGAGCCAGGCGAUUGCAGCGACGACGGCAUCUGCGGCACCUACAGACAUCCCAGAAACACAGACCGAUCCUAGGCCCAGGCGGGAACCGAACGAUCCGCGACGAUUUCGCAAAUAUGACCCAUUGCGCAAGCCGCGUCCGAUGAAAGCGGAUCAGAACAGCAAACGAACACAGCCAAGGACACCGGAGGCCGCCCAGACAUUCGAGCAGUCACAUAUCGACUGCUACUCUGCCGAGGACACAGGCUUCUGGGAUAAGUUUGAGGAGCUAUGGAGCGACACAAGCUCCUCUACGGCGGAGGCCCUACAACCAGAGCCCGACGCAUCCUCAACAGACCCAGUUAGCCACCAACACCGCCGUCGUCCACCAAAGGGUCUGCCGUCGGAGCUUCAGCUCAGAAGAUCGCCACAGUGGAAGUUCUCCAAAGUGCGUGUGGUGAGAGGCCAGAUGGCGCAUCUCCUUCGCCAUGUCGACCCCGAAUCGAAAGCCGAAGAGAUUCGUCGUCUCAACCGAUGGAAGCAUCGUCUCGCGAGGAUCUGGAAGAGCAUGUUGAACGGCAACGUUGUUCACGGGCAUAACAAGGGCACGCGCCGGCUCGAAAGGCUCCUUGCCGAAGGAGACGUCGCCGCUAUGGCGGCCGCCUGGGAGAAGCUCCCUUCUGAGACUAAAGUCCGCGUGUGGCCCGUUGUAAUGUCGUCAGCACUCCAGACACACCCUGAUGACGUUUGCGAUAUCCUCGAAGCAACUUACGACCCAUCAGUUGUCCCGUUCUAUGCUGUUAUAGACACUAUCCACUUCCUUGCCCGACGAGAGCAGAUGCCGCUGCCACGCAAGGUCCGCAGCGUCGCUCCCAAGCAGACACCUCCAGAGCGCUUGUGUCAGGUGUUAGAACAUGUACUUUCUAGAAGCCCGAAGGGUCACCUCCUUUUCCGCCAGAGGACACUAUACCUUCUCGUUCACAAGACCGAUCCAAAGCAACUAGCAUCUUUGUACGAUGCGCUGGCCCAAUAUGAGCAUCCGCUGCAUACGCAGACCCGGCUUCACUUCGCCAUACGCUUUGCAAAAGAAGCUGCGUUGAAAGAACGGGCUACGGAAAUUCUUGCAUUGCUUACGCAAAAUCAGCAGCUCGAUAUCAAUACACCCCAUGGCGCCAGUCUCUGUACUGCUAUCUUGAUGAUGGAAGAGAAAGAUCUAGACGGAGAACAUUUUGAAGCGACGCCGGCUCAUCUCUUUAACCAACUCCUGGAACUGGGGCUGAACCCGAACCUGGUCACCUAUACCACCAUCAUUCGGAACCUCUGCAUGACGAAGGAGAUCAGCGCUGCCUGGGAGGUGUACCACGUGAUGCUGGAUCACAAUAUUGAGCCCGAUAUUUACAUCUACUCAACCCUGUUGAACGGGUCGAAACUCGCACAGAAUUUCAGCUCAAUGCGACACCUUGUCCGCAUAGCAGUGGACAAGAACAUCCGCGAGCCCAUCUUCUGGAAUGACUUGUUGCACGGGAUCUUUCUAUCGGCGCUCAUUGAAACGAGGAGAAAGAAACUCAAGCCGCCACGCGUCGUCCCGUCCUUCCCGUUGAUGCUACAAGCCUACGCCAGGGUCUUCAAGACGGAGCCCUUGAAACCGCUCCUGCUUGUCGAUAUUGAUCGUUUUCUGGAGACAAAUGUGAAUCAAGCCGCCCUGGCAGACUGGAAUUUUGUGGCACAACUGGCGCCGGUCAUCGGUGAGCUACCGCCGCGUGGCGAUUCUGAGCUCCAGGAGCCGACUGCCUCCACUCUCUGUGCCAUGAUCCUCGGCUACAUCAAGGGCAUCUCCAGGCCUUACGACAUCAUCGCCUUCUAUUCCCACUUCCGCCAGCUCCUCCAGUCGGGCGAUCCCGUCGCCGUGCGCCUAGUCCGCGAGCAAGGCACAUUCGUGCACGACGUCGUGAUCAAGGCCCUCUGCGAGCACCAGGGCAUGCUGCGCGUCGCCCUCGACGUCGUCAGCGACAUGCUGCGCGACGCCAACCCGAAAAAGCACGCGGCUGGCAGCGGCAGCGGCAGCGGCCACCAGCACCCGCAGCCGAGUGUGCACACGUGGUCGAUCCUGCUCAACGGCUUCAUGUUCCAGCGGCAGCGGCAGCAGGGCGAGCGCAUCCUGGCCAUGAUGCGGCAGCGCGGCGUCGAGCCCAACGCCGUGACGUGGAACACGCUGGCGGCGGGCUACUCGCGCAUGCAGGACGUGGGCAAGACGGUGCGCGCGAUGCAGCGGCUCGAGGCGGCGGGCCACGAGGCCGACGAGUUCACCUUCCGGGCGUUCUCGUACCUGCAGAACAAGAGGGCGGCGCUCGCGCAGAUGGAGCGCAUGGUGCAGCAGCGCAAGGAGAGGCAGGAGAGGAAUGCUGCUGCCGCUGCCGCCAGCACUGAAACAGCUAGCGGCAGCGGUAAUAGCGUCGGGGACGCGCUGAGUAAGCUCGAGAGCGAGGUCGAGGAGAUUGCGAGGAUGAUGGACGACGAGCAGGGUGAGACGGCGGAGGACGGUGAUGGAUAUGACUAUGACGCUGAGGAGAGGGGGUUUUUGUAG